AUGCGUAAACCAGGAGCGACCAGCUUUGGACACAUUAAUCGGGCAAUGACUUCAACUAUGGAAGCGCCUAUCUACGCUUCGGCAGACGGUUACGAAACGCCGAUCCAUCUGAAGACAACAACACGCAAGAUGAAAUCGGCGAUGAAACAUCAAGAACGAGCGAUAUCGUGCUGGCAGUUCGACGAAACUGAUCGCGGACCACCGCCACCACGGGGAAUGUACAGAAAUAUAGCGUAUUUUUGA